UGGUGAAUUCGUUAUUUAGUUUUGUUUUGUUUCUUUUAUACCUACAUAGAAACAAAGAAAAAACAUUUUGUGUGAUCAAUGUAAAAGUAUUAAAAAUUAAAAAUGGAAUAUUUGUACUUGAUUUUUAUCAGUAGCUCUGUCAAUAAAUUGAUGAUAUUUAGAUAGUGAUUAUUAUACUAUACAACUAUACUAUACAAACAUGCUAUUUGAGAACAAUUUCCUAUUAACUUCAUUUAUAUUCAUUUGGAUUGUUUAUCAGUCAAUACUUUUGGAUAUUCUAGAAGAGAAAAAGAACAAGUCACUUGAGAUUUGAAUGUACAUUUUAAAAAAAUUGUAUUUAGAAAUGGUGGCUAAGUGGUUUCAACUUCAUAUACAUAUGUUGGAUGAAACUGAUACUAUUAUCUUCUUACUGAAAAUCUUCUUUUGACAAUCAUAAAAUUGAAUAUUAACACUUUGUCAAGUCUAAUUCUAAUCACCUGAAUGCUUAUACAAUGCAAAAAUAGGAAAAUUGGUUUAUCGACCUCUAUUUUAUGCUAAAAAGGAAACUUAUGUAAUCAAGCAAAGCACUAGAAUUUAAAAUAAUUUAUCUAUUCAACAUUUGUUAUAAAGAUGAAAUUAUCAACAAUCUAAUGAUAUAUGUUCUAUGUAAAAAAAACCUUGGUUAUUGAUGACCUUCUGGAAUCAAACCUGAAGAAAAUGCAGUUAAGAGGCAUACAUCUGGUUUAUGGCGCUUAUAGUCAAACACAUCAGUAUACAAACACUGGCAAAACAAAUAUAAUUGAAUUCUUUUUGUUGAACAUUACAAUAAUGCAUUUUCAAUUAAACAUUGAAUCAAUUCUAUACUCAAUUAUGGAAAAAUUCAAACGAACACUUAAUAUAUAUAUAAUGUUUCAGUGGAAAUAUUCCAUAAAAAGAUCUUUAUAUUCAUAUCAGAAAAUUAAUCAUUCAGUAAAUAGUUCUUUAAUUAAAAAAUCAUUUAUAAUAUCAAUGUUGGUGAGUUUGAUUCUGAUGGAAAUUUCAGCAAUUGUCACUCCACCUUUCUGGAUGCCUUCGGAGAGUUGGUCUAGUUGCUCUGAAGAGUGUGGUGAUGGUAUUGAAAUACGUCGAUUUUUAUGUGUUCAAAAUGAUCACUACAACGCUACCACACUGUUGGAUGAAUCACAAUGUGAACAUUUACCCAAUCCAAGUGCACAGAAUACAGAAAACAAUCAAAGAGCAUGUAAACUCGGUCCAUGUGGUAAAGGAUAUCGAUGGAGAGUAUCUAACUGGGGACAUUGUUCACAAACAUGUGGUGGACUUGGUAUAAUGUCUCGUGAUGUACAGUGUGUUUAUUCAGGCAAAGAUGGUGAUCUCGUGAUAUCAGAUUUUGAUGCACCUUAUUAUUGUGGUAAUUAUCGUCAACCUGAGAGACAUGCAUCGUGCAAUCGAUUUGCAUGUAAGCCUGAAUUUGUCCCAGAAAAAUGGGGUAAGUGUAUCCAAAGUGAUCCAUGUCGUCCAGGCAGACAAGUACGUCAAUUAUCGUGUAUUUCUGUACAAGUCAACGGAUCACUUCGCGAACUGCCAAUGGCAGCUUGCUAUAUGACUGGGAAAGCAAUUCAACCAACAUGGCGUCGAUGUUUUGAAGAAAGUUCAAGAAAAUGUGACAGCAAACCACCAAUGAUUAAUACUGACACUUUAACUAUUGUUCAGAUGAGAAAAGUGAAAGUGAUUGAUUUGAAAGUUGGCCAGCAAGCAUUCGUAAUACCAUUUACCCGUGUAACUGUACGAUGUCCUGUACAGUAUUUUACAGCACAAGAAUUACAAUGGGCUAACCCAAACCAUGGGAUAUUAGCCUAUACAGGAGCAAUAUCUGAUAGAAUAAGGGUAGAUAAACGAGGAAGGUUACACAUACGAAGUUUCCGUCUCAUUGACGAAGGUGACUGGACGUGUAUAGCUGGUUCAAUGAAUGCCACAGUCACGUUAACAGCUAGAACUCCAGCAGCAGGAUUCCACGAUUGGGUGCAAAGAAAUAGAUUAUGGACCAAAGGUAUGCUUAGCGAUGAUCCUAAAGCAAUAGCUAUAAACCAUGAAAUUAUUCAAUGGGUUGUUGGACCAUGGAGUACAUGUUCUACAAGUUGUGGCCAAACUGGACAACAAUUUCGUGUAGUCAGAUGUGAAAAAGUUGAUAGUCGAUUCUAUCAAAUACUGAAUGAUCAAGUAUGCAUUGAUAAGCUAUUGCCAAAACCACCAAGUACACGAAAGUGUUUAGAAAGUAACAAAUGUCCAACAUGGUUCGUUGAAAACCGUGAUACAUCUGUUUGUACAGAUCGGUGUUUAGAUGUUGGUAAAGGUUCAAUUAGUGGAAAUUUAGUCUGUAUGAUUGGUGAGAGAACAGUCGCCACAAAAUAUUGCGAUAAAUUAGAUAAACCAAAUAUGGAAUGUGAAAACCCCAUAUGUCAAGUACGAUGGAACGUUAGUAAUUGGUCUCAAGUAAGUUAGUUGUUAUUGUUAUUACCAAAUUAAUUUGACUAUUAAUAUAUGCCGAUCUCCUAAAUGUUAACCAGAGGAUUUCUAAUUUGAAAUAAUGUAAUUAUAUUGGACCUUUAAACAAAAAUCUUAUCAUGUGUAUGUAGAUAUAAUGUAAGAAACAAAACCAGCCCUAUGCAUGUUUACCAGUUCAAAAGCUCCUGUGAAGUUCGUUGUACAACCAGAGAAAUACAUCAUCGCAUUCCUAAUCACCACCCUCCAAGGUUUACUAAAAUUUAGAUAAAGCGAUGAGGCUCUAUUCUGGAGUAUUUUUUAGUGUUCGUCGAAAAAUAGAUACAAAUUUAGCCUUGAAAGUUCUAUCAGACUUGUCAUGUCUUCAGAUUUCGUUUCUUGUCUACAUCAGAAGCCAUAGGACCACAAAUAAUUUGGAUGUAUAUGAGAAUAUUUUUAAAACGUCAUUCAUUCUGGCCAUAUAUUUGAUUCCGAGAAAUUAUACACACACUACUCAACUUCGUUCAACUUAAAUUUUUAAUUUUAUGAUUAUUCGUCACAAGUAAGCUGGUUUACCAAUCUAAUUAUCGUUGCAUCCGUUUCAUCAGUACUACCAUAGCUAAUACUGGAUUCUUACAUCAAGGUCAUUUAUUUCAAAUCUAUUCAAAUUCUAUUCUUAGUCUUGUGCAACCAGCUGCAAUAAUCAGCCUAUUAUAUAAUUUUGUUUUCAUUUAAAUCUUGCAUACAUCGCCUCAGCAACUGAUUACUGUAUUUAGAGAAAAUAUUGAGAUACGUUAAUGGUAGAAAUAGUAAAGAAUUUAUUGAUUAUAUCAGAAUGAGAAGAAAAUUAAACGUCUGAUGUUUCUGAGUUCAAAGUUACUUCUUCAAAGAAUGCACUUUAGAAUUAAUAAACUACCAUUUAUUUGGUAUUCAUUUUAUACUUAUUUUUAAAACCUGUAGAUUAGUGGACGGCCACAACGAGGAACUAAUUGGAAAAGAAAAUAUAUCCCCGCAACUCGUAUUCUUCAAUGUUUCAAAUACAGAUAAUCAUAGUAAGAGUGGUAAAAACAACAAACACUCAGUGUAUUACUUUCUUUAAUCAAUGAAUGAGCAAGUUGUAUAGUCAUCAAAUACUUUCUGUUAAGUUGUCAUGAAGGUCAAUUCAAGUUAAAUCUCCUCACAGAUGCUUUCGACCAAUUAUUCACAGAACCAUAGUAAAUCCGUCAAUAAAUUUGUAAAGAUUUAGUGAUUUAAGCAGUUCGAAUAUGUUACAUUCAGCUACAAUCUUUCUAAUUCUAAAAACAUUUGAGAUAAAUUAUAGAUUAGCAAAAAUACACUAUCUUAUUUACUUUUUUAAGUCUUUCCACUGUGUCAUAAACUAUCACUAGUUAAAUUAGAGCUACUUGAAAAUAUAUUAUGGAAUAAGUAUGUUUAUUUUUAUUUUAGUGCUCACGUUCAUGUGGUGGAGUUGGUGUUCAAGCUAGACACCUUCUGUGUACUUGGUCACAUAAUGGUGAAUUGGCAGGUUCAUUGUGUUAUUCCCAUCAACUUGCUAUUCCAGACGUGAUACGAUCAUGUGAAGUACCUCCAUGUAAAUUAGGUUGUGUUGACAUGUCUAAACACUGUUCAAAGAGGGUGGAACUAUGCAAAUUUACAAUAUAUCGUUAUCAAUGCUGUGAAUCAUGUCAACGUUAUGUACAAAUGAUUUCAUCCACAAAAGAUUCUUUGAAAAACUUUCAAAACGAGAAAUUCUCUGACAUAUUUUCUUAAUCAAUAAAAACAAUGCAUUUAUACAAGUACAGAAGAUAAUCAAAAAAAGCACAAUAAUUCAUGGGGUCAUUAACAUACACUUAAAACUGAUUGACCUCAGGAUUGUUUUUCUGGCGGGUAAAAUGAACAAAACAAAAUUAUUUAUAGUUUAUCUUAUUAAUUUUCUUUUUUUUCCAGUUCUGAUAACUCUUUUGUUCUCUUUCUCUCCUCUACGCAAAGAUAUAUAUGCUCAUUUUGUUAUCAGCAUUUACACAUGUAUUCGAAAAAAAAAACUACUUAAACGCACUAAAAAACAGUAACAAACAACCGGUGCCCAGCAUCACUAUACUUAAUAUUAUUUCAUAAUUACAUACCAAACUAUAUCAAUGUACAAGUGUCAAUAUAUAAACAAAAUAUUUUGAUAAUUAAAGUAUAUUUACCUGAAUACCACUAAACAAAUCUUAAUUAUGAGGAACAAAAGUAAGAUAGAACAUUAAAAUAAAACAUACUACUACUCCAUUUUUCAUAUGAUGUUUGUACAAAUUGUACAUACACAAUAAUAAACAAACAACAAACUGUAUUUAUCACUUAAUUAAAAAUAAUUAACAAGAAUGUCAUCAUAUUUACAGAAAUAUGUGAACAUAAACAGAGUGAAAUUGUUUUAUUAAAAAAAAACUCAAAAAUAACAUUUAUUUUACAAUGAUGCAUAUAUAAUGUACAACUAUCAGUCAAUAUGAACCAUACACAAAAUGCACACUUACACACACAUACAAACACACACACAUACAAACACAGAUACAUACAACGAAUGAAAGCUAUCAUAUUACGCUUUAUGAUAUGAAUAAUUACUGAAAAACUACAAAUAAUACAAACAGUUCAAAAUUAAAACUUUCAGUCCUGCUCUUCUUUUAAAUCAAAUUAUGUAAGGCUAUCGAGACAAAGAUAAUAAUAAUUCUAUGCAUACCUUCAGCAUUUUCUCUUACCUCUUACAUUAUAUAUAUAAUGAGAAUGUUUCGUAAUUCAGUUGAAUGUAAACGUUUUCAAUUAGGUGAAUGCAUACGUGUGACACUGUUUCAAAGUAAAUGACUGUUUCAAGCGCAUAACAGACAACUAAUAAAUGAGAAUAAUGGAAGUAAUUAGGCACCAGGUAAAAAGAAGAAGCAGUAACAAUCAAAUGGACGAAAAGAGUAAAUACCAAAUGAAGUAUAUUGUUUGUUGAUC